CGCGCUUCACUGUAUUUUCUCGAAUUUUCCUUCUUGAUUGGACUCGCUGGUAUUCGCUAGAUGGCGCGAAGCCUGGUCGAUGAAUUCGUCAUCCUCGUAGUGACGGAUCCUUGUCGGUUAGGUGCACAUGUUGAAGUUGAAGAGGUUUUGACCUCAACUUCAAUUAUCAAUUCCUGGGAUUUGCCUGAACUUCUCAACUGCGAAAGAGUAACCGUUCGAGCUCAUCGGAGUAGGCUCGUUCAAGGCUCUUCAUAUUUCCGUGGUCUUCUUAGCGGAAGCUUCAGCGAAUCACGCCUUGAAGACAUCCCAAUCCAGUGGAACCCAGAAGUGUUUUUGGAUGUUCUGAGAUGUAUAUAUGGCUGCCCCUUGGAUAUUGCAUCCAGAAACUUCUUACAUCUCCUUGAGGCUGCACUCUAUUUUGGAGUUGAUGUGCUUCUGUCUAAAUGUAAAUCUUGGCUUUCAGUGUUGGCCUUGUCUAAGGGACUCGAAUCACCACCAAUGGAAUUAAAUGACCUUAUUAGUAUAUGGAAUUUCGGCCUGGAGCAUGCCAGCGACUUUGUGCCAGAUUUAUGUGCGGCUUAUCUUGCAAAGAAUUUUAUGCUGCUGAAAUCUAAUAAGUUUUUUGGUAAUGUUCCAUAUGAGUUGUUGAUGCAUUGCAUAAAACAUCCUCAUCUGACUGUGGACAGCGAGAUGCAUCUUGCUGAUGGACUUCUUGUUUGGCUCGAUGCCAACAGAAGAAAUUUGGAAUCCUCAACGAGUAUUCAAAAUGACUUAAUCAUCUUGAUGGAACAGGUCCAUUAUAGUCUUUUGCCAUUGUGGUUUACUGCAGGGAAAAGAAAGUCUCACAUUUUCUCGAAGUAUGCUGACCAAAGCAUUGACUUGGUCAUUAGAUUGAUGAAAAUGUCAUCCAUAAGAUUGGUAGAUAUGCUAGGAGACAGUUGUCCGGCUGAUCUCAGAGUUCGUCUGUCAGAAUACUCAGAGAGAUUGGACCUUUCAGGAUGUCCACACAUGAAUGCAGCCAUCAUGGUACUGUCUGUGCUCCCUAACUCAUAUUACAUAAACACCGUUUGGAAGAAGAGUUUGAAGACUUUCCUGAUGAACCUUGAAGAUGGAGAAAGAAACCGAUUCCAAUCAUAUCAGAGGUCUUUACCGAUUUUGUCUUUCGAAAGAGUCCAAGAGGUCGAUAUUUCCAAGUGUCCGAGUCUUGAUGUUAAAUCUGUGAUCGAGUGCUUGUCUAAGUCAUUCCCAUCAUUAACAAAACUGAGAGCUGCUUAUCUUUUAAACUUCAAGAUGACCACUCUGUGCAAAGUUCUCCAGAAAUUUCCUCAAUUAAGAGAAGUCGAUUUAACUGUUGAUAUUACUCCUGUAAUACUGGGUCAAGCAUCAGUGGUUUACUCAAGUCCAGCUUCAAUUCAAACUGCAUCCAACCUCUACAUGAUUGGUGGCAUUAAUUCCAUAAAUUCUGGGCAAGAUAAUUGUUCAGUUUCGUACAUUACAAGACUAACGUUGGAGGGUCGAAGUGAUAUCUGUGAUACGGAACUCCAGAGCAUCUCGAGGUUAUGUGAUUCAUUACAGUACCUGAACAUUAAAGGUUGUGUGCUAGUCUCAGAUGCUUGUAUAGCAGAUAUUAUACAGAGAUGUACAAGAUUACAAUCUAUCAUAGUUUGUUAUACUUCUUUUGCGGGGAAUUCCGUUCGGGCUCUCUGCACUAGUAUUUCUACAUUGAAAGAGCCUAUGAAUUCCAUAGCAACUAAUCUUCGGAUGCUGCAUAUGAGUGGAUGCAAGGGAGUUAAUGAAGCCUUGCUGACGAACUUGAUAUCUCAGACACACAAGCUGAAGAGUCUCUGCUUGAAGGAUACAGAGGUUACAGACACUGUGCUCUGCAAAUUUUCUGGCUGUUCCUUAGAGAUGCUCGAUAUUUCAAAUACCAUGGUAUCUAGGCCGGCUCUUGCACAUGUCAUUAGUAAAAAUUAUGGUUUAAAAUGCUUGAAGGCAAGGGGAUGUAAAACUCUGCUUCAAGUAGACAGUGACAGGAAUAGUGCUGAUUUCUUUUUCUCAUGGUUUGGUCAAGAGCUGGUUAAUGGGUUAGACAAGAGAUGUGGUUUGGAGGAACUUGAGAUGGGUUGGGGUUUUUCUUAUUCCUCGUUUGAGUCUAUGAGACCUGCGAUUACAUUUCUCCGGAGUAUAAGUUUGGGUUUGGGUGGUUCAUUAGGUGAACAUUCUUUGAAGCUGCUACCUUCAGCUUGCCCUUUGCUAGAGUCUGUCAUCUUUUAUUUUCAGGACAUAUCUGAUUCUGCCCUGACCAAUAUCAUGACGUCGUUGAAGCACUUACAAGAGUUAGCUUUGUGUUAUUGUUUCGGUGACAUAUCCAUGUUAGGGUUCAAGUUCCCUAUCCCAAACCUGAGAAAACUGAGGCUUGAAAGGGUAACUCGCUGGAUGACCAGUGAUGAUUUAUUUGUUCUCACCCAAAGCUGUCCAAACUUAAUCGAGCUUUCAUUGGUUGGAUGUGUACUUUUGAAUUCAGGUUGUCAAACUAUCAUCUCAACUGGAUGGCCUGGAAUGAUUUCUCUUCAUCUAGAGGACUGUGGAGGAAUAACAGAGAAAGGAGUCUCUUCCUUCUUUGACUGCGUCGCUCUUGAAGACCUUUUGCUUCGUCACAAUGGAUCCGGGAUAGAACGAAAUUUCAUUCUCAAUGCUGCUUCUAAGUUGCCGAUGCUUCGGAUAAUAUCACUAGACAUGUGUGAUGCAAGAGACAGUGACUUCGAUGUUCCAGAGGAAAAGAAUGGUUGUUACCUGAGGAUUGUGAAGAUUGCAAGAUGCAAAUCUAAGAGAUGUGCUUUUGGCAUUGGAGCUCCAAUGCAUAAGGAGACAAUGGUAAUGGUAUGGAACAGCAAAGACCUAACUAAAACACUUGUCAAAGAAAGACUUUGAUCCCAACCCAAAACCCCCCAAAACAAAAUAAAAAAUGUGGGAACAGAAGAAAUAAAAAAUAAAAUUAGUAUUUUCUUUCCUUUAAAUAAUGAGUUUGCAAGAGAUUGGACAGAAAAUUAUUUGCUUGUAACAGCUAAAGUUUUUUUUUUUGUAAUUUAUGUUUUCUUGUUUUCAACGGGAAAAUAUUUCUGUCCAAUUUUCUGAAAAGGACAAAUGGAAUUUAUGUGCGCUUGUUGUUA